AUACUUUUUUGCUUAAUUUGGGUUCACAAGAUCCUUUUUAUCUACAGGAAGGCAUUUGAGUUAUAGCUCCUUUGAUUUUAUGUUUUAGGCAGGACUUGUAGGCAGUAAGCCAAUGAAAGCCUCACUGGGUUCUAUUGAAUAUAUCACAUCACUUUACCCGUCUGAAGAUGAAUCAAGCAAGAUAAAGGAGGCUGUAAGGACAUCUGUUUAUGGAGUAGAUUUUGUUCGUGCUGCUCUUUCUGUUAACAAUAAAAAGGCGAUCAUGAAGCAAGCGCAUGGAGAGUUGCAAAUGUUGCAGGCAUCAAAGAGUGCAUCAGCUAUAGCUGUUGCAGACGUCCUGUUAUUGCAAGACAAUAUUUCUGGUGUUCCAUUCUGUGUGGCUAAAUCUCGGCAAACAACUUUGCUGAUUAAGCAAAAUGUUGCUCUUGCAUUGUCUAGCAUUGCCUUUGCCUCACUUACAUCGCGUGAUGAUGACAGCGGUGAAGUUCUUGAUGCUCUAGCAUCAUGUCGUAGCAUUGCAUUUGACAAAACUGGCACUUUGACGACUGGGGAUUUUGUGUGUAAAGCAAUUGAACCAAUUCAUGGUCACAUGAGUAGGCAGGAGAAACAGUUUGCUUGCUGUAAACCCACUUGUGAAACAGAAGCCCUUGCUGUUGCAGCUGCGAUGGAGAAGGGCACUACUCACCCAAUUGGAAGAGCUUUUUUGGACCAUAGCUCAGGCAAAGAUCUUCCUUCAAUUUCUGUUGAAAGUUUUGAAAACCUGCCUGGUAGAGGUGUCUUUGCAACAUUGUCUAGCGGCUAGCGCAGAGUUUGUGCGAGUCUCUUGAAAACAACCUCUCUACUUUCGAGUAGGGGAAGGCAUUUGAGUUAUAGCUCCUUUCAUUUUAUGUUUUAGGCAGGACUUGUAGGCAGUAAGCCAAUGAAAGCCUCACUGGGUUCUAUUGAAUAUAUCACAUCACUUUACCCGUCUGAAGAUGAAUCAAGCAAGAUAAAGGAGGCUGUAAGGACAUAUGUUUAUGGAGUAGAUUUUGUUCGUGCUGCUCUUUCUGUUAACAAUAAAAAGGUGAAGUGUUU